UCCGUGCACCAUUUUACGCCCGUGCACCAAAAAGCCAAAACUUAUCAGUAGAUGAGAUGAGAAUUUUUUAUAGCUCAUCUCUAUGUACAUACGUUUCUAUAUACGUUUCUAUAUACGUUUCUAUAUACACUUAUAAUAUACUAUCAUGGAGGUAAAUAGACCGCAGCAGUCACAGAACUCUAGGAAGGGGAAGAAAGCCUGGAGAAAAAACGUUAAUAUCGACGACAUUCAACAAGGGUUGGAAGAAUCAAGAGAACGUCAAAUAUUAUUGGGAGAUGAUUCCAAUGAUUUCAUAAUAGAUGAUGAAGGAGAUUUGAAUUUAAACAAACAAGCAAAGAAAUUGAAAAGUAAUGAGAUCUUAACCAAUAAAUCCAAGAUACCUGCUCUUGAAAACGGGAAAAAUAAUAAGAUUCAAGGAGUUAAUAAGAAUAAAGUUCAUAAAUUGAUGAAAUUGUCGGGAAGACUUCAAAAUGAAAGUGCAUUAAAGGCAAGAGUUGAUAAAGACGGGAUAAUCAAAGCAGCAUCCAAAGAUCCCUGGGCACAAGAAAAAACUGAAGAUUCAACUCCUAAAAUUUUGAAAAAAUCAGCAAUCCAUGAAAGAACAAAACCAACUCAUGCACCAAAAACUUUAAGUUAUAAAUCAAUUGAAUUAGAUAUACCACAAGACCCAGUUAUUGAAUCAGGUAAAUCGUAUAACCCAACUAUUGAAUCAUGGAAAUCAUUAAUUAAUAAAGAAUUUAAUUUAGAAAAUGAAAAAUACUUGAAAGAAUUGAAAAUUCAAGAAUAUCAAGCCAAAAUUCAAGAAAUCAUUGAAAAUUCAAAUGAAAAUGAAAUAAUGGAAGAUUCAACUGACUCCAAUGAAUCUGAAGCCGAAGAAGAUGGCAAAGAGGAAAAUUAUAAACUUUCAGUUAAUCAACCAAAUCAAAUUAAAAUUAAAACUAAAUCCCAAAGAAAUAAACAGAAAAGAAAUAAGCAAAGAUUAGACUUGGAAUCCAAAUUAGCCGAUUUAAAACAUCAAUUAGCCGAUUUGAAUAAAUUAGAAGAUUAUAACAAAGAAGUUGAUUCAAAAAAACCAGUUCCAAAAUUGAAAAAAACUAAGAAAUUAUUUAAACAUAAUUUAAUUGAAAAACCUUUAGAAGUUAAAUUAUCAGAUGAAUUAACCGAUAACUUGAGAAACGUUAAAACUGAAGGUAAUCUCCUUUAUGAUCAAAUGUUCAAUUUACAAAAAUCUGGUAAAAUUGAAUCUAGAGUUCCAGUUUCAAGAAAGAGAAAAUACGGUAAAAAAAUUACCGAAAAAUGGACUUAUAAAGAUUUUAAAUAACUUACAUCUUCGUUUCGUAACUUACUAAUAU